AUGUCUUCUGCCAACGGUCUCGUCUGCUUCACCAAUUGCCUCCUCCCGCAGGAGGAUGGGACUCUGCUUCAAAAAGACUUAUGGAUUGAUCAAGCACGGGGGGUCAUUCUGGAUGCUCAGCGGACUUUUUAUUUUAGGAAGGAGAGGCCCGAGAGAGUCAUCGACCUAGGGGGAAACAUUCUCAGUCCUGGCCUCAUCGACAUCCAAAUCAACGGGGCGUAUGGUUUUGAUUUCUCAGUAUUCGACGGCGAUGAGCAGACCUAUAAAGACGGCCUAGCCUCCGUCGCAGAGAAGAUUGUCGAAACAGGGGUCACUUCGCUCGUCCCUACUAUUAUUACCCAAGAAAGGUCGCUCUAUCCCACCUUGCUCCGUCUGCUUCGGCCUUACAGCUCUCCCACGUCGGCGAACCUACUGGGAUGGCACGCAGAAGGCCCGUUCAUCGACAUGGCGAAACGCGGCGCGCAUGCCCCGUCCUUCCUCCAAUCAGCCAAGGACGGAUUCCGGUCUUUUGAGGAACUGUACGGCGCGGUCAACCUUGCGGACAGCGAGGACUGGCUCAUGACCGACUCUGUAGGCGUCCGUAUCAUCACUGCUGCUCCUGAGAUCGAGGGCGUCAUGCAAGCGGUGUCUGAGCUCAACAAGCGAGGAGUCGUAUAUUCCAUAGGACACAGUAUCGCUACUUCAGACAUAGCGACUGCCGCAGUACGAAACGGAGCAAGACUUAUCACCCAUCUCUUCAAUGCAAUGCCGCAAUUGCACCACCGGGACCCGUCUAUCAUUGGUCUUCUCGGAGCGUCUCCUCAUUUGGCUUCACCCUUUUCGCCCAUAACUGGACGACCUUAUUCUCCCAUUCAGGCGCCAGUGCCGGAGCGAACCCAUUCCCUUAAGCUGAAUGAGCCGGUAACUGGCUCGGAGGCCUUUGACGAUGUCGUCACUCCUCCCCAAACGCCUCUGUUCGCCCGAUACCGUGACAAGAAAUCCCCGGCGUCGAAAGCCGGCGAGAACCAGGACUUUACGAGGCCGUUUUACGAGUUGAUUGUUGAUAGAAUUCACUCGCAUCCCAACUCUGUUAGGUUGGCUUACUCUGCGUAUCCAGAAGGCUGUAUCCUCAUCACGGAUGCUAUGAAGAUUCUAGACCCUCAUCUCCAUGACGGGGUGCACGAGUGGCGCGACGGUAAGCGCUUUGUAAAGGAAGGAGAUAAGCUGUACCUUGAGGGUACGAACACCCUCGCCGGAAGCGUUGUGACCCUGGAUAAGUGCGUCCGAAAUUUUACUCGGUUUACAGGGUGCGAUAUGGCGCAAGCUAUCAAGUGUGCGACUGUAAACCCCGCCAAGUGUUUGGGCAUUGAAGACAGAAAGGGAACGCUGCGCCCGGGAGCCGAUGCGGAUCUUGUGGUGUUGAAUAAGCAGGGAUAUGUGCAGAGUACGUGGGUGAAAGGAAGACAAGUGUGGAUGAAGAGAGCCUGA